GUCAAAUGUCUGUCUUCAUUCUGUUCACCUCCAUCUGUAACAAGGACACUUUUUGGUCAUUACAAGGCAGGGCUCAAUUUGCCCAGCUUCAGGUUUUUCCAUUAGUUGCAACAAGUGAUUUCUGAGGACAGAUUGCUCUCACUUGAAUUCAAGGGGCUAUGUUUUGGUGUCCUGGCUGCCUUUUAAGUCAAUAAGCAGAAACGAGUACCUUUCAAAAUCAGAAACAUCUUCAGAGAGCCUUCUCCCACAUGGGCAGAAUAAAUGUCCCACUAAUCAUGCCCCAUGGACUACAGAAAGAGUGUAAACAGAUACAUAAGACUUAGAUGAGUAAAUUUCAUGUGGACGAAUAGUAUCUCUGGUUAAUUCUACCCUGGUGACAAUUUCAGUUGUGUCAUUAAAGUUAUAACAAGACAAAACCCCUUCAAACCUAGGAAUUCAUGGGGGAAAACCUUAAUAUAGAUCAUCUGUGGCUCACAAAUGAGGAGACAAUUAAAAUUCCUCCUAAAAACAAACCCAAACCAUUCAAAACUCAGUUUCAAGCAGCUGGACUUCCACAUUACAACUGUCACCCUCUUCACCAAAAUCAGGAACAGCUGUGCAGUAAAUUGCCUUGUACAGAUGUCAGUUCAGUGCCCAAGAAAGGAGAAAAUAGCAAGAGCUUAGUUGUCCUUUCUCCAUGAGGUAAUCCAGCUGAAGAUGCAACAGGGACCACAUCCCUGGUGUCUGCUGUGAUUAAUGCUUCCCAUCACCUACAAAACCGCUUUUGUGCAAUGAGGUCCUCAUACCGCCCACAGGGCUGGUGUAUCACUCUCUGUAUUUGAAUGUUUGGACAAAAGAAGAAUGAAUUUUCCUGUGCUGAAUGUGAAAGAACCAGACAACUGUCUGAGGUAGGCUGGAUGAAUUGGUGUCUAGGAAUGCCUUUCCCUUGACUUUGGGUGAUGAGGUGGACCCAGGGUUGUAGCAUGGCCAGCGUGUUACUCACCAGUGGCAGAUGCUGGGAAGAGAACCUCCUGCAGAAAUGAUUGGCAACACAGGCAUGCUGGUAGAAGACUUCAAAAGAAAGUGACUAUUUAUUUCCUGUAUAUUUUUAUAGUUUUGUUUUGAGGUGAAGCAGUAUGAAAAAAUUCAACCUGCCAAGGGCUGUGAAUAAAAACUCCAUGUUCUCACACAUCCAGUGUAGCUGAACAAACUGUGUUUCAUGCACAGACUGCCUCAAGGGAGGUAAGAUGUGAACAACGUGUGUAUAAAUUGUCACAUUUGAAAAAAAAUAAAAAAAAAUAAAAAUAAAAAAAAUGGGACUAUUGCUGUGGUCCCCUGAACAUCCUUGUUUUGUACCAUCUACCCAGCAAGGCUGGCAAAUAACUCUGUUUCAUUUUAAGGUGAAGGUUGCCUGGCUUGUGAAAGGGGUUACACAUUGUGGUUAGCCAUAAGGCAUGGGGAUGGUGCUUAUUUGUUCCUUGCUGUCCAGGUUCCUGCUUUGGGAAAAUAAUCUCUGCUUUCUUUCAGCAUUUUCAACUUCUUCUAAAACUCCAGGAAUGGCUGCCUGUCACCCCUCAUCAGGACCAGAAAUCAGGGGUGUAAAUGACAACCUUAGACACUCUAGGUCCUUACAGAACGAAGGAAGACACAAGUGCAGAAGGUAAUUCAGAUGCUAGAUAAGAUGAUUCAGAGGUAACCUUUUAAUUUGUCCUCUUUCCCCUGACAGUAGAAGAGUCUUGGAAGAGGAGAUCCCACUGACAUGCUCAGGGUGAGAUGCAGCUGACUCAGGUUUGCAUAUCAGAAAGCCUGGCAAUUAAUUUGUGCUGGUCACCCAAACUUCCUUCCUUGGCAGUAAACCAAGGAAAAAAGUGAUUAUAAAUGAUCUUGUGAUUACACACGGAUUUGAGAUGACUCAAACUGACAUUUAGGCAGCUAAAUGGGUGUGCAAACUCUUCCAUCUGCAGGGUCUAGAAACACAAUUGGGAAGAGAAUCUGCUUUUCUUUAUGCCUGCAUUAAACCUAAAUUAUUGCCUAAAUUAUUUACUAUAUAUAGUAAAAGAUAUAUUUUUGAAGUGCAUUUGGUUGCUUAUCCUGAAGUGUUCACAGAUUUUUUUUUUGCUGUUGCUUUGGUUUGGGGGUUUUUGGAGGGAUGUUGACAUUUCUGUUUUCAUGGUAAUUUUUUGUCUGCACAGCAUUGAAAUCUGCAGUUAUUUCAGUGACUUCUGCCAGCAAGUCUCUUAUUUCAUCUCCUUUUGUAAGUAAAAAUUUGAACAAAAAAAUUUCUGUCCUUACUAAAGUUAGUGUUGAUAGAAACAGAAAUCAGUCUUUACAUUUCCAUGGUAGUUAAACUCAUCAUUUCUAUUCCAAAGGUGAAACUAGCACCCAAACCUGAUUAUCUGGACCAUGUAUUUGGAGGAGUGUGUUCUGAGGGCUGCCUUUGACAGCAUAAUUUAAAUUCAGUUUGUAGCUUCAACAACAAUAACAACAUCAAAGUAUGUGAGUUUUUUUUUAAAGGUUCAAUAUUAAAAAUAUUACUUUUUUUUUUGAUGACUUAAUGUAGUUCUAAAUUUGACCUAUGUCAAAGAAGAGGCUCCGUCCCCCAAAUCCCAUAUUUAUGUUAAGCAUUUAAAAAGAAAGAAAAGAUGAGGAACAACAUGCAACAGGAAAGCAAAAAUGACCAUUACUAACCCUAAAUUGUGCCUGAACCCUAUGCUUCACUCACCUGAAUAUCUAAUGCUUAUUUCACGGGAAGUAAUGUGUUUUUUUUUCAGCAAUGCAGCAUAUAAAACAGUCAUUGAUACACUACUUUGGCUUUAAAUAUUUCAGAAUAUCUGUCUAAGAACCUAUGUCAUGCACGUCAUUAAAUCUAUCUGCUAUAUGAGGAAGAACUUCUCAUGGAAUGAAUGUUUCCUAAUUUCUCCUUCAAUGUCCUCUUCAGCUUUUACAUCUGAGUAUGCUUUACAUCACCGCUUUCUCCUUUUGAUGUUGUGUGUAAAAUAAUUGUGUUACCUUUAAGUCUCUUGAGCCGACAGGAACAAACCCUGCUUGACUGUGGCUCAAGCGUUAGGACCAACCAAUGAUCCCUUGGACAACGCUUACCGAAAGUGCAAUAUGAAGGAAGGAAAUGCCUGAAGAAAACUACACUGCCGUGACCGAGUUCAUUCUCUUGGGUUUCACUGACCGCCCAGAGGUGGAGUUACCUUUGUUUGGGCUCUUUCUGCUCAUCUAUAUCACCACGCUGGUGGGCAACACUGGCAUCAUUGUGCUUGUCUGGCUCAAUGCGUGCCUUCAUAGUCCCAUGUACUAUUUCCUAAGCAAUUUAUCUUUCUUAGACCUCAGCUAUUCAUCUGCCAUUGCUCCCAAGAUGCUGUUGAAUCUGUUAGCACAGCAGAAGACCAUUUCUUUCUUUGGUUGUGCAGCACAGAUGUUUCUCUUCGCUGCCCUCGCUGAUGCCGAGUGCCUCAUUUUGGCUGUGAUGGCCUACGACCGCUACGUGGCCAUAUGUCGUCCUCUUCUCUAUGCUGUCACCAUGUCCCACCGGGCCUGCAUCUUCAUGGUAGCUGGGGCUUAUCUCAGCGGGGUUCUGACCUCACUGGUCCACACGAGUUUUGUGUUCACCCUGUCGUUCUGUGGCUCCAACACCAUCAACCACUUCUUCUGUGACAUUCCCCUACUGCUGGAGCUCUCCUGCUCCAAAACACAGGUCAAUGAGGUCCUCCUCUUCACCUUGUGUGGCUUUAUACAAACCAGCACCUUCCUGAUCAUCGUUGUCUCCUAUGCCUGCAUCCUUGGCACCAUCCUUCAGUUUCAUGCCGCAGAGAGAAGGCACAAGGCCUUCUCCACCUGCACCUCCCACCUGAUGGCUGUUGGUUUAUUCUAUGGCUCCCUCCUCUUCACCUAUUUACGGCCUAGCUCCAGCUACUCACCAGACACAGACAAAAUAAUUGCUGUACUUUACACUGUGGUCUUUCCCAUGUUGAACCCCAUGAUCUAUAGCCUGAGGAACAAGGAGGUUAUGGAAACCAUAAGAAGAUCAAUAGAGAGGAAAGUGUUUUCUCAGACGCUUACUUAGCAGGAAAAAAUGCAAUGAAUAGGCUGUAGGGUAGGACUGGUGCAGCACAGCACAAAAACACUCAACCUGUCUUUCUAAACGCAGAUACCUGUGUUUACUAACAUCUCCAUCUAAACUAGUUUCCACAGUUUCACUUUGUUGUUAAUGAAGAAAAAUGGGUUUUGGUGCUUACAUUUAGUGAGCUUACCCUCAAAGAGACCACUUCAUACACCCAAGAGAGAUUUGCUGGUUUUUAAAAAUUGAGUAUCGGUAUUCUGGAGAAACCUUCCAUUCACAUAGUAAGCAGUUUUCCUGUACGUUUUGCAGAAUUGUUUUGUGGCACUGAUACAGAAACGAGUGAGAUGUCUCAUCUCUUUUUCUCUUUCAUUAGGCUGUGUUACUGAUUAUACGCUGUAAUAGAUAUGUGCAUGAGUU